UCUUCUGUGGCCUAGGUGCGCACUCUUCGUAUUCCCCAACUUUCCGUCCAGCCCGAGCACACGAUCGCGCUGGUUCACCUAGGUUGGCCGUGAUGCGACUGGUCGUGCCGCGCAUACGCGGGCUCGCCCGACGCAGACCCGGGUGCUGGCGUGAGCGGACAGCGGGCCUCUGGCUCGUGGUCGCGGACGGGAAGGUGUGGAUCACCGUGCUCUCGCUCUCAGUGCAACGCGCUCUUCCCGACGCUCUGUGUGAUGACGGGGCAUGGGGACUCUGUACAUACACCUUCCAUCUCUUGGAAUUCGACCUCCCUAUUCACUGUCUCUUAGUAAAGCACGUUGUGCGGCAAGCCACGCCCCUUGCGGUGGCAUAUCCAUCAGCCUUCCUGGUCUCAAACCUCCUGGAUCCUCAGGGAGUCGGUGAAACCAAUAAUGACGCUUGGCGAUAUAACAGCGCUAGCGUCCGAAUCGGACUCGGUUACUCAGAGCUGACACGCAGCCUGACACGGACGUCUGAGACUCGGCGAACAUCUGCAUAUGCGUACACCAAACCCACCUGUGACAGGUGAUUUUGCGACCUUCCGUACUUUUCAAAUGCAUUGCGCUCGUGCGUACCGAAGAAUUCGAGACUGCAAUAGGCGCACUUGUCGACUCACGAUCCACGAUAGAGGACGACGAUGCCUUGAGAUUAUACAGUGAUAAUACAAAUUUGUCGCAACGAA